GGUGCCAGCGUCCACCGCUCCCUCGCGCCGGCGGCGGCUCCGCGAGCCCGAACCCCGGCCCGAGUCGGAGACGGACCGGCCGAGCGGCCCCGCCCUGGGAUCCAUUGUUGCGGCGGCCGCGGCUCUGCGGGCCGCUGGGUGCUGUUCCCCUCGGCCCGGGCGCCGGCGGUGAGGAGCGAGCGCAGCCCGGGCGGCGGCCUGAGAAACGUUGCCGGGAGUCUUCGAAGCUCUUCACCAGGAGAGUAGAUGCUCACGGAGGACCAUCCAGUCGCACCAGAGACACAACGCAGCAAUGGAGGAGUUAAUAGUGGAACUUCGUCUCUUUCUUGAACUCCUGGACCACGAAUACCUAACGUCCACGGUCAGGGAGAAGAAGGCCGUGAUCGCGGACAUCCUGCUCAGGAUACAGGCCUCCAGAGGUUCUGAAGUGAGAGACCAGGCUCCGAAGCAGGAGACCCCCAGCAGCCUGCCGGCCCCUCCCCAGAUGCCUCUGCCGGAGAUCCCGCAGCCCUGGCUGCCCCCCGACAGCGGGCCGCCCCCCCUGCCCACGUCCUCGCUCCCAGAGGGUUAUUAUGAGGAGGCCGUGCCGCUGAGUCCUGGGAAAGCUCCGGAAUACAUCACGUCAAAUUAUGACUCGGAUGCGAUGAGUAGCUCUUACGAAUCGUAUGACGAGGAGGAGGAGGAUGGCAAGGGGAAGAAGACGCGCCACCAGUGGCCCUCGGAGGAGGCCUCCAUGGACCUGGUGAAGGACGCCAAGAUCUGUGCCUUCCUGCUGCGCAAGAAGCGCUUCGGACAGUGGACCAAGUUGCUCUGCGUCAUCAAAGACACCAAACUACUGUGCUACAAGAGCUCCAAGGACCAGCAGCCGCAGAUGGAGCUGCCCCUCCCGGGCUGCAGCAUCGCCUACGUCCCGAAGGAUGGCAAGAAGAAGCAGCACGAGCUGAAGAUCACGCCGCAGGGCACGGACCCGCUGGUGCUCGCGGUGCAGAGCCGGGAGCAGGCCGAGCAGUGGCUGAAGGUGAUCCGAGAGGUCUACAGCGGCUGCAGCGGGCCCGUGGACGCCGAGUGUCCGCCACCGCCAGGCUCCCCGGUGCACAAGGCAGAGCUGGAGAAGAAACUGUCCUCGGAGAGACCAAGCUCGGACGGGGAGGGUGUCAUGGAGAAUGGAGUCGCCGUGUGUAACGGGAAAGAACAAGUCAAGAGGAAAAAAAGUUCCAAAUCAGAGGGCAAGGGGACCGUAUCUAAAGUCACUGGGAAGAAAAUCACCAAGAUCAUCGGUUUGGGAAAGAAAAAGCCGUCGACCGACGAGCAGACCUCCUCCGCCGAGGAGGACGUGCCCCCCUGCGGCCACCUGAACGUGCUCUCCAACAACCGCUGGCGGGAGCGCUGGUGCAGGGUCAAGGACAACAAACUCAUCCUGCACAAGGACAGGACCGACCUGAAGACCCACCUCGUGUCCAUCCCUCUCCGUGGCUGCGAGGUGAUCCCGGGGCUGGACUCCAGGCACCCGCUGACCUUCCGGCUGCUCCGCAACGGGCAGGAGGUGGCCGUGCUGGAGGCGGCGUCCUCGGAAGACAUGGGCCGGUGGAUCGGCGUCCUGCUGGCGGAGACGGGGUCCUCCACAGACCCCGGCGCCCUGCACUACGACUACAUCGACGUGGAGAUGUCGGCCAACAUCAUCCAGACAGCCAAGCAGACCUUCUGCUUCAUGAACAGACGUGUCAUCUCCACCAACCCCUACCUCGGGGGCACCCCCAACGGCUAUGCCCACCCCAGCGGGACGGCGCUGCACUACGACGACGCCCCCUGCGUGAACGGCUCGUGGGACCCCGACGGCGGCUCGGCCGCGUCCUGCCGCGGAGGCCCGGGAGGAGAGGUGCCGUACGAUAACUUGCCGUCUCCGAAAAUCUUUGCGCGCUACCCGCCUGCUGACAGGAAGGCUGCUAGGCCGCCUGCCGACACCCUGUCCUGUAACCAUUACAAGCAGCCCACGUCCUGCGGGCUGCCUCCCGCCCCGUCUGUCACUAACACCUCUUCUGUGGGGAGGGCGUCUCUCGGGCUCGGCUCCCAGUUGAAGAGUAAAAAGCCCCCACUCGCAUCCAGCGGGGCUGCGGGAAAAGGCAAGCCCCUGAGCAGCCAGCCCAAGAAGGCCGAGCCGGCCGCCGGCGUGAGGCGCACGCCUUCCAACGCUGACCAGUACAGAUACGGCAAGAACAGGGUGGAAGCAGACGCCAGGCGCCUGCAGACCCAGGAAGAGGAGCUGCUGCGGCGGAAGGAAGCCCUGCGGACCAGGCUGGCCCAGCUCCGGAAGGAGAGGAGGGACCUGCGGGCCGCCAUCGAGGCGAACGCUGGCAGGAAGGCGCAGCUGGCCCUAGAGGAGAAGCUGAAGGCACUGGAGGAGGAGUGCCGGCGGAAGGAGGCGGAGCGUGUCAGCCUGGAGCUGGAGCUCACCGAGGUCACCGAGAGCCUCCGCAAGGCCCUGGCCGGCGGCGUCACCCUGGGGCUGGCCAUCGAGCCCCGCUCGGGGACCUCGAGUCCACAGUCCCCAGUGCUCAGGCCCCGGACUCUGGAGAACUCCCCGCUGUCCAGCUGCGAGACCAGUGACGCCGAGGGCCCCGUGCCCGUGAACAGCGCCGCCGUUCUGAGGAAGAGCCAGCCGGCUGGCAGCUCUCCCUGCCGGGGGCACGUGCUUCGGAAGGCCAAGGAGUGGGAGCUGAAGAACGGGACGUAGGAGAGCGGACGUCACGAGAGGCCGCGGCUCCAGCAGGCCCGCCGUGCCCGGACCUGGCGUACGUUUCUACUGUAUGACGUGUCCUGUAAGGAGAUGUGCCCGGCCACUUGGCUCCCACGUGGUCUCUUCAGGCGGCCGGGGUGAGGUGAUGGAACACCAUCCUCCGCCAGGUGGGGUCUCGGCUCCCCCAGUGCCAGCCAGCCAGCCGCCGACGGGGUGCGGUGGGGACUGGCCAGGCCGCGGGGAGCGUGUCGCCCCCAAGGGCAGUGUGCACUUGUCUGUGUCCCCUCCCCCUGCCUGCCCGCCUCCCCUGCCCCUGCCUGCCCGCCUCCCCUGCCGUCCCUGAAGCCCCUACAUGUGAGCUGGGUCUGAGGACAGCUGGGAGGCGCUUCCCUGGAGCUCCUGGACAGGAGCUCUGUAGCGGGACGUGCUUUCUAAGCUGCUCACAUUUCUGUGUGUGUUGCACUUAUCCUUGGGGUUCCCGGAGGUUCCUGCCGAUUUUAUGAGGAUUUUACUGCUUUGGAAAGGCCGUGAGGGUUUUGGAUUCUUCGCCCUGUGUCCUCCUUCCCAGUACCACCCCCACCCCCUGCACUGGCGCCACAGUGGCCCAUGGAGAGCUGGCAGCCUCACGGGCACACGGCUACCCUUCCCUUCCUAGGCGUCACGGCGGGGGCACUGGAAGUCACAGGUCUAUAGCCAUAGCACGGAGAGCAGGAGAGGGCCUUCCAGAGCCUCCAGCCCCCCAACUCCCCCGCCCCCAGUUUGCAACUCCGAGCCAUGGCCGUGUCCGUGGACCUGGGCUCGCCCCUCCUCCCGGGCACACAGGCCUCGUAUGGCCUCCUCAUCACUGUGCUGUCUGCCUCUCAUGGAGCUCCUGGGUGACCCCCUGAGACCCAGGGGACAGGGAGCUGGCCUCCACGCAGCCUAGCAGCCCACACUGUCCCCAGGCCUCUCAGUGCUCGCUGGGCGCCAGGGUCCUGUGGGGGCUCAGGGUCGGGCUGUAUGGGACGUGACCGGCUACACGGAAGCCAGUCCCGCGUGAGGAGCUGGAAGGUGCUUACCUGGGUUCCACCCGGGGCCUGGGCUCCCUGCAGAGCCGCCUGCCGGGACGUUUGUCAGGAGGUCGGCCCUGGCCUGUCCUGCUGAUCUCCUCACACACAGGAUGGCGCUGGAGGCUGGUCCCCCAGCACUCAGCAGUGACCCCGGGGCGGCCCGGCCUGCUGGGAGCCAGCCAGCGCAGGGAGCACCCAGCCGCACACAGCUCACUUCCUGGAAGGGAAGUGCUCGCUCUGCCGUCGCCUUGCAGCUCCGGGUCCAGUGGUUUCCAGUUAAGCGAGGCCUCACUCGGCCACUGUGCCUGCAGCCGCCUUGGCCCAAGAGAACCUCCAGGUCCGACUCACUACACGGGAGGCCCGGCAGCUGCACUCCUGCCCGCAGCCCGGUGGGUGGGCAACCUCCCGGCCGUGUGCGUCUGCCCAGGGUCCAGCCUUCGACUCCUGGCGGACACAGGCGGCGUUUGUAAAGCCGGGUUUUAAUCCACUUCCAUACCCACAAGCCUUUAAGGGGGGCGGGGAACUUUCCGCUGGGGUCUGCGGAGCCGCGGAGAUGGGGUGCCCCAAGGGGAGGCUGCUGACGCCCACGAUAGCGCGUCUCUCUGUGUCCUAGAUGUGAUCAGAAACCAGCUUAAAGCAUUUGCUUCAAAGUGAGUUAUUUAUUUGUGUAUGUUCAGUAAGUAUAGCUUCUAAUUUAUAUCUGUACAUAGUAGACACACCAGGCUUCUGUCCGAUGGGGCGAAGUCCCGUUGCCCUGGGAGAACCGGGUCCCUUAACACAUGGUCAUGUUCAGAGCGCGGGCCAGACUCCAGGGGUCCAGACGGCAUGAGAGGGGGCUGGGGGGGCGCCCUCGUGGUCGCAGCCCCUCCUGCUGGGCCUGAGGCCCUGCCAGCCUCAGAGCCCCUCCACUUGUACACGUUUAUGAUGUUUCACUCACACCCCCCAUGCCCAGAGCAAAGUGGUGGUGAGGGGCUGUCAGGCCUGUGGUCCCCUUUGCCCAGAGUCCCGGGGUGGAUGGCGCCACCACAGGCAGGCGGCUGAGCGGGAUUGUACCACAUGCCGGACUCAUGGGGCACGGCCUCCCGCCAUCUCUUCCAGCUCUUCUCUCGGGGCAACCCCGGGGACCUCAGACACCCAUGGCACACAGCCAGCCUUGCCCCCGACACGGGUGCACCAUCUCCCUGUCCCUCACUUGUCCUGGCUGUUUCUGAAAACCCAAGCCCUGGGCCAGGUGGCCAUUUGCCACCUUUUGCAAAGUUUGUUUCAAAUCCUGGGCCCUGGGCCCGGAGCGGCAGGCUGGUGCGUCAGGGCUGUUUAUGCACCAGGUCAUGUGACAGGAGCCCCGGGAUGGGAGCUGGCGCACCAGCAGGGCCCGCAGCCGACGGCCUGGGCAGCCAGCGCGGACCGGCCUCCCCACAGGGGCUCACCCCGCCGAGGGCUCAGCAACAUUGAAAUGCACAGCGAUUGCCUUCUUUUCUAAUGUAAUUUUUAACAGGAAACAAUGUCAGCUCGUGGCACAGUUUUAAAGAGGGUGAUUAUCAUUAUUAUUAUUAUUAUUUGUUCCUGCUGUUAUGCUGUCUGGUCACCCCGUGGUGGCUGCGUCGAUACUGUGAAAUGAACUGAAGAUGAACUACCACCUUCGUGCCCCACACACGACGCGGCGGCACGGAGGACGCGGAGCCGCCCGGCCGCGGGCGUGGGCACGGGCGCCUGUGAGCGUUCCCGGGGCGUCCCCAGCCUCGCCGUGCAGAGCCGGUGCCCCCGGGCUGCCCGCUAGCCGCCACGGAAGAGUCUUUCCAAGCGGGAUCGCCGAUCCUAGUUCUUAGGGGCCAGAGGGUGUGUAACAAGAGACUCUGCAUUUGACUUGCUCACGGGAAGGGCGUCUAAACUCUCCCAGCAGCCUUUACACCGCAGAGCUUCAGCGGGACCGACCACGCUGUCCACUGUGAGCUCUUCUGCUACGAAUGUAAUUCUUUCCUUACUGUAUUUUUUAAGAACUGAAGUCCUGUUUAAGGUUCUCUGUGACAGACGCAGGAGGCGGAAGGGUGUCCUUAAACGGACUAUGUUGGCAGCGCUGUUUAAAUGACUGUACAUAGAUUUUCACUGUUUCUCAAUGUAUUUAAUUCAUAAAGUGAAAGAUUUUAUCAGAAGAAACUGGCCGUGGAAACAUUCGUUUCCAUUUGCCCCUUUUGUAGCCGCCUCACUUGAGUUUCUUGCUGAAGGACUGUCCUGUCCUGUCCCCGCGUAGCCCGGACCGGCGCCUGUGGCGUGACUGUGUGUCGUCAAUAAACCACUUUC